AUGGAUAUAUAUUCGUCAUUGAGAGGAUCCCUUGUGUUUAUUUUCUGGUCGAAGUGUAACUGCGGUGAUUGUUUUGCGCAUUUUAUUUCAUCUCAUUUCGAAGAUGCGUUUCCUGGUUCUUGUAUAUUCUUCUGGGAUUGGUUCUCGGUGGUUGCGCUUUUUGUGAAGUUUGAAAUCGCAGAGAAUCUCGAGAUUGUAGGAAAGGUAUAA